CCGGCAGCGUUUAAGGCCCGGGGCCCCCGCCUGCCGGAGCGAGGCUGCGGGCGGCGACAUGGGCGCCCCGGGCCCGCGCUGGCUUCUCUGGACUCUGCUGGCGCCGGGCGUCCUCGGGAUUUCUUGUGACCCUCCUCCUUCUAUCAAAAAUGGCCGGAAAAGUGACCAUUCUACAUCCAUACCUCUUAAUACUGUAAUUGUAUACACAUGCUCUCCUGGCUUCCGAAUCAUUGGAGAAAAAGUUAUUUAUUGUAUAAGUAAAGAUGAAGUGAAUGGAAUCUGGGAUAAAGCUCCUCCUCGAUGUGAAUAUUUCAAUAGAAAUACUGUUUGCUCUGAGCCUGUUGUACCAGGGGGACGCAAAAUUAAAGGAAGACUGCCGCCAUACAUACACGGAGAUUUUGUGACAUUUGCGUGUAAUACCAACUUCACCAUGAAAGGAAAUAAAUCUGCUUGGUGCCAAGAAAAUAAAACCUGGGGGCCAACGCCACUGCCGAUCUGCGAGAGUAAUUUCCCUCUGGAGUGCCCACCACUUCCCCAGAUUGCCAAUGGAUACCACACGGGGAAAAACAUUGACCACUUUGCCCCAGGACUGUCCGUGGCUUAUGGCUGUGACUAUGGUUACUUGCUUGAAGGACAAAAGACAAUUCAGUGCUUAUCUUCAGGAGACUGGAGUGCUGCCUUUCCGGUGUGCAAAGAGGCACAGUGUGAACCUAUAGGACAGUUUCCCAAUGGGCAGGUCACGGAGCCCCCGAGUCUUCGUGUUGGCAUAACUGUGACGUUUUCCUGUAACGAAGGGUACAGAUUACAAGGCUACGAUGCCAGUCAGUGUGUGAUUGUUAAACAGAGAGCUACUUGGACCAAGAAGCCAACAUGCGAAGAAAUCCUUUGCCCACCACCUUCUCCUAUUCGCAAUGGAAGACUCAGCUCUCCAACAAAUGUUUCCUACGGAAGCUCCGUGACUUACACUUGUGACCCAGACCCAGAGGAAGGAGUGAGCUUCAUCCUUACUGGGGAGAAAACUAUCCACUGCACCAUGGAUAGUCAGAAGAGGGGGACCUGGAGCGGCCCUUCUCCAGACUGCAAACUUUCUACUUCUGCGGUUCAGUGUCCUCAUCCCCAGAUCCUUAGAGGUCAAGUGUUAUCCAUGCAGAAAGAUCAAUAUUCCUAUAACGACACUGUGGCCUUUGCUUGCGAGUCUGGCUUCACCUUGAAGGGCAGCAGGAGAAUCAGAUGCAACACCCAGGGCAUGUGGGAGCCGUCAGUGCCCGUCUGUGAGAAGGAGUGCCAGGCCCCUCCUCAGAUCCUCAAUGGGCAAAAGGAAGAUGGACACGUGCUCCAGUUUGACCCCGGCACAUCUAUAACAUACAGCUGUGACCCUGGUUAUGAGCUGGUGGGAGAAGAAUCCAUCCGCUGCACCCCUGAGGGGAAGUGGACACCCACUCCCCCCCAUUGCAAAGUGACACAGUGUAAACCAUUAGGACCUCAACUCUUUAAAAAGCCUCAGGAUAGAUUUGUUAGACCAGCUGUUUAUUCUACUUGUGUUGAAGGGUACCGAUUGGGUGAGAAUGCUUAUCAGCUGUGUCAAGGAGCAAUUCCGUGGUACAUGGAGAUGCGUCUUUGUGAAGAAAUCACCUGCCCACCACCCCCUGUUAUCCAGGACGGGACACACACAGGGAGUUCCUCAGAAAACGUCCCGUAUGGAACCACGGUUGUUUACACGUGUAAUCCUGGGCCAGAGAAAGGAGUGCAGUUCAACCUCACCGGGGAGCGCACCAUCCACUGCACAAGCGAUGAUCAGGAGAGAGGGUUCUGGAGCAGUCCUGCCCCUCUCUGCACACUCUCCCUCCCUGCCGUGCAGUGCUCAGUUCCCCACACUGCACAUGGGUACAGGAUAGCCGGCAAGGAAGCCCCGUACUCCUACAAUGACAGUGUGACAUUUAGGUGUAAGAGUGGAUAUGUUCUGAAGGGCAGUGGUCAGAUUCGCUGCAAAGCUGAUAGCACCUGGGAUCCCGAAAUACCAGUUUGUGUACAAGAAGGCUGUGAGCCUGUGCCAGAACUUCCGGGCGGCUCCCAGGCGGAACUCGUGGACACGUCCUGUGGAGAGGGGUCCCAGUUGACUGGAUAUACUUAUAAGAAGUGUCGAGAUGCCAAGAACAGAGUCUGGUUUCAAAAAAGUCCGCGCUGUGAAGCUAUUCACUGUCAGCCUCCACCGCAGACUGCCAAUGGGAGGCCCACAGGCGUGACAGCAAAACACUUUCUGUAUGGAAAUGAAGUCUCUUAUGAAUGUGACCGGGGAUUCUACCUCUCGGGAGAGAAAAGCUUACAGUGCAGAAUGAAUUCUGAAGGUCAGGGAUCUUGGAGCGGGCCUCCCCCGCUGUGCUUACGAUCACCUCCUGGAACUCACUGCCUGAACCCAGACGUCAAACAUGGAUACCCACUCAACAAAACGCGUUCUUCGUAUUCUCACAAUGACACAGUGCAUGUUGCUUGCAAUCCCGGCUUCAUCAUGAACGGCAGUCACUUGAUAAAGUGCCAUACAGAUAACACAUGGGUACCGGAGAUACCAACCUGUAUCCGAAAGGCUUCCGUAGAGUGUCCGCCUCCGCACACAGUCCUCAACGGGAACCAUUCUGGUGGAAAUGCAGCUCGGUUUCUCCCUGGGAUGUGGGUGCUGUACACCUGCGACCAGGGUCACGUGCUGGUGGGGGACCCGCUGAGCCUGUGCACACACGAGGGGGCGUGGAGCCCCACCGCCCCAUACUGUCAAGAGGUCAACUGUAGUGCCCCCGAGAACACAAAUGGAGUCCAGAAGGGGCUGGAGCCUAGGAAGAUGUACCAGUACGGGGCCAUCGUGACCACGGAGUGUGAAGAUGGGUACACCCUGGAGGGCAGCCCCCAGAGCCAGUGCCAGGACGACCAGCAGUGGAACCCCCCUCUGGCCACCUGCAGGUCCCGUUCCUCUGAUCCUCUUUUUUAUGGUAUUUUUCUAGGCCCCGGACUACUUCUUCUGUUGGUUAUUGCCGCCUUAUGCAUGAUAUCAAAACGCCGAGAACGCAAUUAUUAUACAAACACAAAGCCUAAAGAAGAUCUUCAUUUAGAGACACAAGAAGUAUAUUCUAUUGAUCCAUACAAUCCAGCAAGCUGAUCUGAAGGCAAACUGCUUUUGAAUUUCUCUGCCACUAUUCAUGCUGCUGCCUAAACAGAAGUGAUCUGUCAGUGGGCCUCCUGGCUUGGAAACCAACUGAACAUUGACUGGAAAGAAACCACUUUAAUAUCAGCAAGUCUCUCUGUGCAGUCUCGAGAUCAGUGUGAUGACUUUUACAAGCUGUCAUUUCCUGUAUGCAGCCAUUCUCAUGCAGAACAAAGAAGGUUUGCCUGGCAGUAAAGAGGGAGCCCAGUUUCACAGCCAUGUCAAGGACUCUGAAGCCUCGCUUAUGAUCUGCCUGAAGUCAAGGUGUGGUUAUAAACAAAUACACGGCUCAAAAAUUGUCACCUUCCUAAGGAAGGCGCUAAAAGUGCUGUCCUUGUACCUAGAGCCACCUUCAUUCCCAAACAGCGAACUUACAAUUACCAUAUGCUUUUGGUUGUGAUGUAGCUUUAACUAUUUAAACCAAGUUUGAAGCACUUCCUCUGGUUGUGAAGGGACCUUCAUGGAGGACCAGCUGUGCCUAGAUGGUAGCUUCCCUCCUCUGAUAUGGCUAAAUGUUUCACUUUUCCCCCAGUGGGCUGUGGACUUUCCCCACAAUACUGUAUGUUCUUUGCCUUUCUAUAGCCAAUGAUUCCAAUUCAUGCAAAGUGUUCUGAAGUCGUAAGAGUCAGGUUUUUAUUCUAAAGAUCUGAUGUACAAGUCAAGCUUUGGAUCGUCCUUCACAGUUUUCUCGUGAGCUUCCUUAGUAAGGUGUAUAUUACCGUUCAGAUAAACUGUAUUUUAAAAAA